AUGAACAGAGAGAGACCGUACCUCUGCGACGUCUGCUGCAAGAUGUUCCUGACCAGCAAGCAGCUCGUCAUCCACAUGAGGACGCACACCAACGAGAAGCCGUACCGCUGCGAGCGCUGCGGGAAGGGCUUCACCACCAGGGGGCCGCUGACCAUACACAUGCGGACUCACCUGGACGACCACGUGGCGAUCCACACGGGAGCCAAACCGUACGUGUGUGGGAUCUGUGGGAAAACGUGCGCCAGGAGAACUUACCUCACCGUCCACAUGAGGACGCACAACGGAGAGAAACCGUACAAGUGUUCCCUGUGCGAGAAGGCCUUCACUCAGAGCCACUGCCUGAAGACGCACAUGAAGAGCCACAAGGCUGCACAGGCAGCAUCGUAG